AUAAAAAAGAAAAAAAAAAAAAAAAUUCAAAUCCCAAAAGAUUUAAAAUAUUUUUCACUUUGGAAUCUAAGGAAGUUGGGUCAGUUUUGUUCCAAGCGCGCAUCCUGCUGACUCUCAAGUUGGUGCCAAAUUGAACUCUUUUCUCUGUGAUUAUCUCUGUCUUUCCCAGCUUAUCAAAUUUUCAUGCUUUUGGUCUAUUUCUAUUUACUGUUGUGACCCAUGAUGCGUUUUGGGUACUCAAACCACAGCUCCACAGCUUCUGAGGUCUUGGCUUAAAUGAGUUCAAGACCUGUGUUUUAAAGAGCUUCUCUAGAUUCUUUCGAUCUGUUUCAGAAAGAAGUCUCGGGGAAGACAUAAGUAACAUUAGCUGAAGGGUCAACGAGGCCUCAAAUUUCAUUAGUCGAAGACUCAAAUUGGGUUCUAGGUCAGGUCUCCAGUGUUCAGUCCAUUAAGAAGAGAAGUAGUUAACAGGUCAUUAUCUGCAAUGAAACCUUUUGAAACCAAUGAAAAUGACUUGGAAAGUGGUAAGUUGGACAAAGACAAGGAUAAAGCAACACGAAGUAACAGGGUGCUCAAAAUGCAUAAUCAAGCCUUAUUGUCUGGCCUUGCAUAUUGCGUUUCCUCAUGCAGCAUGAUAUUAAUCAACAAGUUCGUGCUUUCCAGCUAUGAUUUUAACGCUGGGAUAUCUUUGAUGCUGUACCAGAAUCUUAUUUCAGUGAUUAUUGUGUCUAUAUUGAGUUUUCUGGGCGUAAUACAAACAGAACCAUUAACAUGGAGAUUGGUUAAGGUCUGGUUACCCGUGAAUGUUAUUUUUGUUGGCAUGCUUAUAACAAGCAUGUUUAGUUUGAAGUACAUUAAUGUAGCUAUGGUCACUGUCUUGAAGAAUGUUACCAAUGUGAUAACUGCACUUGGCGAAAUGUAUUUAUUCAGUAAGCAUCAUGACAGUAGAGUCUGGGCUGCUCUGUUCCUAAUGAUCAUUUCAGCAAUUUCUGGAGGAAUUACUGAUCUAUCUUUUCAUGCUAUUGGCUACGCAUGGCAGCUUGCUAACUGUUUCUUAACCGCAUCAUAUUCUCUGACUCUUCGUAGGGUCAUGGAUACAGCAAAGCAAGUUACCAAAUCUGGAAAUUUGAAUGAGUUUUCAAUGGUCUUGCUCAAUAACGUCCUAUCGUUGCCUUUAGGGUUUCUUCUAAUUGUUGUUUUCAAUGAGGUGGAUUAUCUCUCUAGAACGCCACUUUUGAGGCUGCCAACCUUCUGGCUUGUAAUUACAUUAAGUGGAGUUUUGGGACUGGCAAUCAGUUUCACUUCUAUGUGGUUUCUUCAUCAAACUGGGGCUACAACAUACAGCCUUGUCGGGUCGUUGAAUAAGAUCCCUCUGUCUGUUGCUGGCAUCGUUCUUUUCAAAGUUCCUACCAGCUUGGAGAACUCUGCAAGCAUAUUCUUUGGUCUUUUGGCUGGAGUAUUCUUUGCUAGGGCCAAAAUGCGGGAGAGAUCUCAAAUCUGAACAAGUACUGAAAGUGAUGUUUCAUUUCAUGAUAACCUAAUUUUGCACUCCGAGUGAAUUGCAUCUGAGAGCUUGACUAUCUCAUGGAGUAAUCAUCACGGGUAGUUUUUCAGAGCAGUUUACUAUGAAAGAUAGAAAAAAGAAGUGAACAAGAUCUUGGCCCAUUUACCAGUGCUGUUCUCUUGAAUUUUUUUUUCCUUUAUCAUAAGGGAGAACGGCUUUCUGAUGGAAUGGAUUGGGUAUCUGGUUUUGGUUUUGUUGUAUUGAGGGAAGAUGCCACCAUCACUAAUUCUUUUUCAGAUAUGCACUGGAUCAUGUAACUCACUCUUAUCUUCCCCUGUAUCAUCAUUGUCUAAACAUUAUCACAUUGAAUUUGAAACCUUAACGUCAAUGAAAGGAGAUGCUUGAGCUGAUGAAGGUCAUCAUGAAAGUUGAUUUU